UAUUGUGGUGUUCAACUGGAGUGGAGGAGCUUCAUUUUGUCAGGCCAUAGCUUUGUCUAAUUGAAAAAAAAAAUGCCUUGCCACCACCUUUUGGCAUUUCUAGGCAAUUAUAGACUUUUUUUUUGUGGGUAACAUAUGGUCUCGUCUCUCACAGGAGACGGCGCCGCCGUGCUGCUGCGCUCGCUGGAGCCGCUGCAGGGCCAUGCCGUCAUGAGGCAGCUGAGGGCUGCCAGACGCAAAAACGGAGCUCGGCCCCUCAAAGACAAGGAGUUGUGCAACGGCCCCUCCAAGCUGUGCCAGGCUUUGGAUGUCCCGCGCUGCUUUGACCGCCGGGAUCUAGCUUCUGACCCGGAGGUGUGGCUAGAGGAUGUGGAUCCCGCCAUGGGAGACGCCCGCCACGAUAUCGUGGUGGAGGCGCCGCGCAUUGGCAUCGAGUCCCAUGGGGAAUGGGCCAAGAAGCCUCUGCGGUUUUACCUCCAAGGGAACGCUUGUGUUAGCGUGCUGGACAAAGCGGCUGAAAGACGAGAAAAUGCCCUUUGAAACUAUGUAACUACAUAAAUCGAUUAAAGUAUUGAGACACAGACGCUGAAUCAAUUCAAUCGCUCAACUUAUUUUUGCUGUCUGGCUGUUUUCCGUGCAUAUUUUACAUGAAAAAAAAAAUCAUGGCCUA